CAUCAGGAUGUCGGUUCCUUUGUCUGGGGUAGAGCUGCUCAGCGUGUGUACAGUGCUCCAGGACUGUGAGGCACAGCUGGCAGUGCUGGGUCACAUCAUGCCCGACACCUACAGGGGUCGUCCAGAAGCUGAUAAGUUUGUGUCAGCCGACAUUGGACAGGUCCUUGAACAGCAGAAAGGGGCAGAGCAGAACCUGAAAGCAGCCCGUCAGUUUGAGAGAGAGUCUGGGAGACUGUCAGAUGCCACCCGUGAGCUGCACAGAUCCCAGAAGGAACUGAACCGCACGCUAGAGGAGGACCCACUGUCCCCUGACAACCUGGCCAAGGUGCAGAGAGACAGUCAGUUUGUGGGUCACGUGAUUGCUGAUGUGUUGGCAGAGCUGCAAGAGAAAGGGACCUUUCACAGCUUGCUUUUCGCUGUGGAAGAAGAGAAAAGAAGGAAGGCCAACCUCCAGGACAUAAUAAUCAGGUCAGGUUAUGGUCAAUAUGAAUAUGUAGGCUAAUAAUUCAUUGUCUGUGCAGGCAAUAGUCAAAUUCU